GUCUGGGAAUGAGCCGCCACCGCAGCCACUGCUGCUGCUCCUGCUCCUGCUGCUCUUCAUCUCUUUCGGCUGCAUCCUCCGCCUGCUGCAGUGGCCCAGGCGCCGUUACGCCUGCGGAAUCCCCGUGCCCGACUGACAGAUACAAAUCAGAGAAUAAAGACAACAGUCCAUACUAUUCUGUCAAAAUGAAAUGUGAUUUUAAUUGUAACCAUGUUGAUUCUGGGCCUAUAUUAAAGCCUGAUAUUAGUAAAAUGGAAUCUGGUACUCCUGAAUAUUUAGAAGAUUUUUGUAAAGACUGUAUUAAAGACCACAGAAGGCUAUCCUACUCUGGACCUCAGAAUGUGAGCCCUACGAUUGUAGAACUAAAAACUGAAAAUGGACCAGUGCACAACAAGGAAAACCAAGCCCUACACAAGCUUGAUGCUUCAAGUGAAUUCGAAGAACUGGAGAGCAGUAGGCUUUAUGAGGACAGUGGCUACUCUUCAUUCUCUCAGCAAAGCAGCCCUGGUGAACAGCAAUAUAACAGCAUUCUAUUGUCACGUAAUUUCAUUGUCAGUCCCAGACCCUGCUUUCUACAGAGCCAAAGCACAGAAAAGUUUCCAAAUAAAAACUUGUUGCCAAUCCUUCAUUUUGAAGAAGUGGUUUGUUCAACUUUAAAAAAGAAUGCCAAAAGAAAUCCUAAAGUAGAUUGGGAAACAGUGGAAAGACUAGUUUCCCAUGGAGAUUUUGGACUACAUAAUGUAAUUGGUAGAAAAAUGGGCUUAGAGCAACUGGAUAUUCUCAGUGAACUUUUCCAAAGAGGACUCAAACAUGUCUUAGCAAGUGUUUUAAGGCACCUCAGGGAGAUGGACUUGAUCAAUGUGGCCAGAGUGAGUGCAACAUGGAAGAAGAUCCUGAAAGACAAUAAAGGGGCUUUCCACUUAUAUAAUAUGGCGAUGAAGAAAGCUAAUGAAAAUACCACCAAGUUUUCAGCUCAUGCUGCAACUAGAGAAUAUGUUCUAGUCAGGGCAGCAUUGGCUUCUGUACAGAAAUCAACAGCCCAGGCUCCUAGUGCAUCCAAAAAAGUAUCUCGGUCCAAAUUGUCUGAUCAAGGUGUUUCUGUGUACAGCCGACACACUGAGUUUUCUGAGGUUGCCAAGACUUUGAAAAAGAGUGAAAGCUUAAGAGCCUGUAUCCAUUGCAACUCACCUGCAAAAUUUGACCCCUAUUUGCAGAGGGCGACAUGCAACCGAGAAAGUUGUGGCUUUGAUUUUUGUACAAGAUGUUUAUGCAGCUAUCAUAUCACCAAAGACUGUUCAAAUGAAAAACCUCUAAAAGCAAACUCCAAAGUGGGACCUCUUCCUGGAAGUAAAAAAAGUAAAAAGAAUUUACGGAGGUUAUGAUCUAUUGUUAUAUCAGUCACAACUUGCAGACUGUUAAAAGUUGGAUUGGAGAUGUUACAUCAGGUGACUGUUUGCCUGAAGUCUUUAUUUUAAACCAAAAAAAAAAAAACACGUGAAUAUAUUGUUAUUUUCUUAAUUAUACUUGAACAUCAAUUUAAAAAAAAAAACUACAGUGAAACUUCUUGGAACUUGGUGGCUUUGGCAUGUUUUUGUUUUUUUUAAAUCUACUGCACUUAUUACCAAAUGAGAAUCCCAAUGCAAAAUUGCUUGAUUGUGUUUUUAAAAAAAACGGAGGAAAUAGCUAGUUAUGACUAGAAUGGGUUACAAUCAAAAGGGGAUUUAUCUAGAAUAUCUUUUCCAUAAGUAUACUUUGGAUAUUCAUGUCAAAAGAAUGCAGUUUCUACCCAGACCAUUUAAACAUGCUAUUCAUUUUUUCCAGUUAUUUUUAACAUAAUUUCCAAGUUUAAAAAUGUAUUUGCUAUCCUCAUACCAACUUAUUUUUCAAAGUGCUAUUCAUUUGGCUUCCAAGUUGAAGUAACCACAACUGCAAUAUCAAGUCUUGUCUGUGUGAUUGUUUUUGUCCUCGUUAGAUGUUUUUUCAGUGUUAGUGAGUCUGUAAUUCCCUCCAGUUAUUUUCAAAAGGACUGGAAUAUUUGUAACUGUGUUGUCUUAUUUUCUUCUCUAAAAUCUGUUUUUAAGACUUUUGUACAUUUGUUAUAUAUUUUUUCACAUUUUAUGUGUAUUUACAUAAUAAAAAUUAAAAUAUUCUACUUAAA